AUGACCGGCCGCGUGUUCGGUGCCCUGAGCCGUCAGAAGCGGGCAUUUAUCUAUACCCUCCACUUCGCGGGCACGUUCUGCUGGUUCAAGAUCUUCAAUGAGCACUUUUACGAACUCAAGGCCUCUGGGGGCCCGUCCAUGUAUCCCACGAUACACUUCCAGGGAGACUGGCUGCUGAUUGCGAAACGAUUUAAACAUGGCCGUGACAUUGGGUUCGGCGAUAUAAUUGUCUAUAAAAAACCGCACGAUUUCCACUCCGAGGUUGCGAAGCGGGUGGUUGGAAUGCCUGGCGAUUAUGUGUUGAAGAACCCUCCGCUGAACGGGGAGACUGUUGUGGAGGAAGAUACGCAGAUGAUACAGGUCCCUGAAGCUCAUGUUUGGGUAAGCGGUGACGAUGCGCCGUGGUCCAAGGACUCCAAAGAUUAUGGACCAGUGCCGAUGGGCCUUAUAAUAGGGAAAGCUCUGGGAAGAGUCUGGUAUCCGUUCAAUUACGAGCGGUUUGAGAACCCAUUGAAACCGGUUACGACCGUUGAAUGCUAG